AUGGAUGAAGAAGUCCGAUAUGUGAUGGGCGAAAGUGUUUCGGCUGUGAUCCAACGGAAGUUACCCACAAAACGGAAGGAUCCGGGAAUGUUUACCAUUCCGUGCAACAUUGGUGGAACAAACAUGGAUAAAGCGAUGAUGGACUUGGGAGCUUCCAUAAAUGUGAUGCCACUGGCCGUUUAUAAGAGGUUGAACAUUGGGGCAAUGAGGAAUACCCUUGUGGUCACACAGUUGGCCGACAGAUCCAACGCCUAUCCUGGAGGUGUGGUGGAGGACGUACUGAUUAAAGUCGGGGAUUUGAUUUUCCCAGCUGACUUUUAUGUCCUGGAUACCGGUCCAGAAACUGGAGAGAAUGCUAUAUUAUUGGAAAGGUCGUUAAUGAUGACCACUGGAACCAAAAUUGAUAUGAAGACCGAAAUUUUAACAUGUGAGUUUGAUGGAGUCCAGGAAGAGUUCAACAUCUAUGAAACCAUGAAGAGGAAGCAAGAAAUGGAAACGAUGGACAUGAUCAAUGUGUUUGAAACCCUAGUACAAGAACAUGGAAUUGAUUUUGGUUCAGGGGAUACGACAAAGAAAGUAAUUCAGUAUGGCCUAACCGAUCGAGAUGCAAAACGUAUGGAGGAUGAGGAUAUCAAAGAAGCUAUCAUGGAGCUUUACUCUCUUCGAGAAAGUACCUUGGAUGCUGAGAUGGAAGUAGAUCAGAGAAUCAAGGAUGUGAGGUCUAUUCAGUUGGAGGAACAACAGCAGAAAUUACCCAAGCACUUGCAAUAUGCUUAUUUGGGUCCUGACGAAACACUUCCAGUCAUCAUUAGUGUAGAUUUAACUCUUGCGCAGGAAGAACAUUUGGUCAGAGUUCUACGGGAGAAUAGGAAAGCCAUCGGUUGGACCUUGGCUGAUAUCAAGGGGAUCAGUCCAACGGAGUACAUGCAGCACAUCUAUUUGGAUGAAGGAACCAAACCUGUCUGA